GGCAAAGCCUUCGGAAAUAGAAACAAAGUUGGUUACAAAUCACACUGUGUUUUUUUUUUUUUUUUCCCACCCUUCUUUAGCAGGCGACCAUGGGGAAAGUGACCACUGCCGUCAGAGCGGGCAGCCCGGGUGGCUCGGGGCCGCGGGGGCGCCUGUAACUUCUACGCGACCAUGGUACCUGUUGAAAACAGCGAGGGCCCCGGGCUGCUGAGCCCCGGGAGGAGAGCGGCCGAGACCGAGGGCAGCGGCGCAGCCGGCGGCAGCCGGCAUCCUCCCUGGGCCAGAGGUUGCGGCAUGUUUACUCUCCUGUCAUCUGCCACAGCUGCUGUCAGUGGCCUCCUGGUGGGUUAUGAACUUGGGCUCAUCUCUGGGGCCCUUCUUCAGAUAAGAACCUUAUUAGCCCUAACCUGCCAUGAGCAGGAAAUGGUUGUGAGCUCCCUCCUCAUCGGGGCCUUUCUGGCUUCCCUCACUGGAGGGGUCCUGAUUGACAGGUCUGGAAGAAAGGCUGCCAUCAUCUUGUCAUCCUGCCUCCUUGGCCUCGGAAGCCUAGUCUUGAUCCUGAGUUUAUCUUACACAGUUCUCAUAGUAGGCCGCAUUGCUAUAGGGGUUUCCAUUUCGCUCUCUUCAAUUGCCACGUGUGUUUACAUCGCAGAGAUCGCUCCACAACACAGAAGAGGUUUUCUUGUGUCCCUGAAUGAGCUGAUGAUUGUCACUGGCAUACUCUUCGCCUACAUUUCAAAUUACGUGUUUGCCAGUGUUACCCAUGGAUGGAAAUACAUGUUUGGCCUUGUUAUUCCCUUGGGAGUUUUGCAGGCAAUUGCAAUGUAUUUUCUUCCUCCAAGUCCCCGGUUUCUGGUGAUGAAAGGACACGAGGAAGCUGCUAGCAAGGUUCUCAGAAAGUUGAGAGGCAUCUCAGAUACAACGGAGGAACUCGCUGUAAUAAAAUCUUCCCUGAAAGAUGAGUAUCAGUAUAGUUUUGGGGAUCUGUUUCGAUCAAAGGACAACAUGAGGACCCGGAUAAUGAUAGGCCUGACACUGGUAUUUUUUGUGCAAGUCACUGGUCAGCCAAACAUACUAUUCUAUGCAUCAACUGUUUUGAAGUCUGUUGGGUUCCAAAGCAAUGAGGCAGCCAGUCUUGCCUCCACGGGGGUUGGAGUUGUCAAGGUCAUCAGCACCAUCCCUGCCACUGUCCUUGUAGACCAUGUUGGGAGCAAAACCUUCCUCUGUAUCGGCUCCUCUGUGAUGGCAGCUUCAUUGGUGACCAUGGGCAUCGUGAAUCUCAACAUCCCCAUGAACUUCACCCGUAUCUGUAGAAGCCAUAGCCCUAUCAACAAGUCCCUGGAUGAGUCUGUGUUUUAUGGGCCAGGAAAUCUGUCAGCCCGUGAUGACACUCUUAGAGAACUCUUUAAGGGGAUGACUGCCCACACCAGAAACUCCCUAAUGCCCACGAAAAAUGAUGUGGAUAAGAGAGGGGUGACGACCUUUCCAAGUGCUGGACUGAGCCAAGCUGAAUACCAGACAGUCACAGACCCUGCGGACAUCCCAGCUUUCUUGAAAUGGCUUUCCUUAGCCAGCUUGCUUGUUUAUAUUGCUGCUUUUUCAAUUGGUCUAGGACCAAUGCCCUGGCUGCUCCUGAGCGAGAUUUUUCCCGGUGGAAUUAGAGGACGAGCCAUGGCUUUAACUUCUAGCAUGAACUGGGGCAUCAAUCUUCUCAUCUCUCUGACAUUUUUGACUCUGACCGAUCUCAUUGGCUUGCCGUGGGUUUGCUUUAUAUACGCAAUCAUGAGCCUCGCAUGCCUGGCUUUUGUCGUUGUGUUUAUACCCGAGACAAAGGGACGCUCUUUGGAACAAAUAUCAGUGGAGCUGGCAAAAGCGCACCCAACACUGUACUAAGAAAGAACUGAGGACAUAGGAGACAAGGAGUCCCCAGCUGCUUCUGUCGAGGAGGCAGACAAGAAAAUACAGAGUAUCACAAAUAUUUCCCAUUGUUGGCAAGCACGAAGGAAAAUCACAUAUAUUAGAGGAUGUCAUUUAUAACGUCUUCCUGAGGGAGAGAAUACCGAAGCAGAAUCCUGAAGGAGUGAUCUGGGCAAAGAGGAGUAUGUGGGAGUCAGAGGAGAAUCACACUCAGAGGCCAGUGUGCUCACUGGUGGGGUCUGAAGAGGACAAGUUCUGGGUUGGGGAUCGAGAGAUGAGUCCAGAGCACAUGGCAGAGAGCAGUCAGGAAGGGUCUCGUCUGUCUUGGUAAAGAGUUUGAAUUUAUGCUGAAGGCAGUGGGGUUAUAUUUAAAACAGCAGGGCAGGGGAUAAAAGUUACCUGAUUUUUUACGGAGGACUCUGGCAAAAUAUAGAGAUUGGAAGGGGGGCUGCUGAGUGAGGGAGACCAAUGGGAGUCUUGUGAAGAAAUGGGGUAGAAAACUACGGGGCUGGAUGACGUGCACAAAUGAAAUUAGAUGACUUGGAGCUGGAUUGGAAAAGACAGUUGAGGGAAAAGAGAAAAUCAGGAUCUUUCUCAAGAAUAGAGAACUAACCCCAUAUACAAUGGGGACAUCCACCAAAGUAAGACAAGAAGGAGGAAGAGCAGGCUUGGGAGGCUGGAGUCUGGUGGGGGCUCCCGUAGCACACUGAGUUCAGUUUGUGCGUACUGUCUGUGGGUUCCUAUAGGACACACAAGGGGAAGGAAGAAAAGACCAGUGUGCAUUGGAAACUGGUCCUGGACAUAUCAGUGUGUAGAAAGAAGUGUGUAUGAAAUCCGGGGCAGACCCACAUUUUGUGCAGCCUAAGCUUUUCAGGGCCUUGUUGAAGAAAAAAAAAAUACAAAUUAUGAAUGCAAAAUUAGGUGUGACUGUGUGUGUCUUAGAAGAGGCUGUGAAGUGAGGGGCCCUGGGGUUGAAGUGUCAUUGGCCUUAUGGUAGGUCCAUCUUGAGCAUAUGCACUUUUUAACUACCUGUUUAUUAGCUGAGGGAGUGAAAUUUCUUUAAAAAUAAAGGUUUGCUAAAAUUCUUGUGAACAACACUAAUUGCAAAGUUGAGCUGGAGAGAAAGCAAUUAUGAAUGAGCUGAACAAAACGAAGGACCUACUUACUCUAUUAUCACUCCCUAUUGCAUUCUUUUUAAAAAAAAGUCUAACUCGAAACCGGAAUGAAUAAAUAAUUUGGAAUUAAGGUUAAGAAACUUUCAGGUCUAUUUUUCAUAUGGGGCUGUUGGAAUGUAUCAAAUUGCCAACCAAAUAAAAAUAUGAGGACAAAACUUGAGAAAAGCCAAUCUUUCUAUCUAGUAGACCCCCAGAAUAAGACAUUCCUUAGCAACCUAUCAUUUGGCUACCUAAAAACUCAGCAAAACUUAUUCAGAAACGGGGUGGGGAAGGACUCUGUCUAAAUUAGUAAAACUCUGAGUUAUGAAAUGUUUUUGAAAGAUUCACAUUUCUGUGACUUUUGAGUCAUGCGGUUACUCAAAUUUAAAUCCAAACCUUCAGUGAUAAAUUGCAAAGUAAGGGAAAUCGGAAAGCCAAAAUCCUGGUCACCCUAGAUGUACCACACGGGUGCUGGGUGUUGAAGAACAAGAGUAGAUACGAGGUCUGAUACAGAGAAUUAUAAAGGGUGGGGGGCACAGAGUAAUCCUGCAGGUAAAAUUCCCAGCGGCAGUGAAGGCAUCUACCAGGGUGUGAGUUGUGGAGCAGAGAGGAAACCGUUGCUCUCAGAAACCUUGGCUGACUCCUAUUUCUGUAGUACUAUAGAAUAAAUUUUUUUUAGAUUUUAUUUUUUUAUUUGAGAGAGAGAGAAAGCAUAAGUAGGUGGAAGGGCAGGGAGAGAAGGAGAAGCAGUGUCCCUGCUGAGGCUUGAUCCCAGGACACUGAGAUCAUAACCUGAGCCAAAGGCAGACGCUUAACUGACUGAGCCACCCAGGUGGCUUUUUUUUCUUUUAACUUGGAAAUGUAAGUAGCCUGAAUUUUGUCAGCUGUCUAAAGUAAGUAUGGAGUAUGUAUGUUAAAGCCGGUUCCCAGCAGGAAAAUGUCAGAGACAAAAAUAAAAGGAAGAUAAAAUCCGUGAUGGUAUUGAGAAGUUAUGCAAUCAGCUCAGUGCACUCAGGUGGGCUGGAAGCCCAGGGAGCUCGCUGGCAGGCGGGAGCUGAAGUGAGCUCGGAGACUGUGCUAAGGGAGUCUUCACAAAUUUAGGAGUUAAUGAAGAAAAUGAGUCCAAUUUUGUCACCAGGGAAAGAGAGGGUCCUGACAUGUAUAGUCCAACGACUCCCUAAGAAGGAAGAAAGGAAAUGAUUUCUAAUGUGAAAAUAACUUCAAAGGUGAUAUUACAGUGUUGCUUAACAUUUUCCUUUCUCAUUCCAUAUUUUUAUGGGGCGUCUGGGUGGCUCAGUGCAUUAAGCCUCUGCCUUCAUCUCUGGUCAUGAUCUCGGGGUCCUGGGAUCAAGCCCCGAAUCGGGCUCUUU